AGUGUUGAGAUGUUCACUGAGUGAGAUACAGUAAGAUCCAAAUAGCGGGGAUAGCCAGAAAAGAUGAAAUACGUUUUAAUCAAACGUAAUUUACAAAGGGAUCGUAUCACACUGAAAGCUCAUAUUUUGUCACUAGCAACCUAGCCUAUAUCAUGUUGCAGCUGUGACUAGACAUGGUGAAUGCUUUGCGACGGCUUGCAACAACGUGCAACAUCUAAUUCACACUGCUGCAACUCCUUUCUGCAACGGUUUCGUGUCAUUGCAAAUCUUUGGUGUGAAUUGGGCUUUAAACGGACGAUCUGACGGAUUUUAGAAAAAAAACAGACCAGGCCUCUAUUGGAGACCAGCCUUUAACCCAAACCUAUUAUUUCAAGUUUUACGGUAUUUCACUUAGGGUAAGUAGCUACUUGACAUAGCUCACUUAAGUAGCAAUGUGACAAUGUAGGAACAGGCUUCCAUAUGCUUCCAUCACCAGCAGCAAGAUAGGCUGCUUCCAAUCACUUGUUAUUAUCAAAAAAUGUUAUGUAAUGUUAUUAUAUCAUAUGGAGGAAGAGGUAGCCUAUCUGACAUUGCUAACCUAGUCUGAUAUCAGGCUAUCGGUAACCGUUUAGGAAAAUGUAAGGGAAUAAUGAGAUAUGAGAAUCCUCCACCUCCUCAGAGCAGACUUCGCACGGCACUGUUUGUAAGGAGUUAACCUAUGAUUGGCAACUUUUGCAUAACAAUUCAGGUGGUGACAUGCAAGUUGUAGAUUUCUGAUUUGAUAUGUACUGAUAGUGAUCUUCUUGGCACUAUUCUGUCCCUGGUCAUCGUUAUCCCUCCUGAGAAAGACACAAAGUUUUUUGCAAAAGGCAAAAACCACCUCAAGCGAGCAUAUAAUAUUCUACCUAAGCUUAUAUAUGUAUGUUCAAAUUAUCUGGGGUGCUUUAAUAUGUGUAGGGCAAAAAUGCUCAGGGUUUUUAGAGGAGGAAGAGGAAUUAAGCCAAUUAGGCUUAACAGCAGUGUGUGGCGUCCCAGACCCACCCCCUGCACACUCAUAAUAAGUUCUCUACAACAGAUUGUUCUAUCAUUCUUCUUUGUUGCUAUGGCCGUCUUUGAUCCGAUCAGGAACAUAACUAAACAAAUUGCAAGCCCUUAAUGUGGGCACCAACAAAUCCCAACAAAUUCUUCAGUCAAUCAUCUCCGUCUCUGUGGCAGUUUAUGAUCCAAUUAGCAACAUAACCACACAAAAUGGCAGGUGCCAUUAACUACCUGUAACAAUUCAAUGUAUUACAACGAAUUAUAAAGUUCAACGACACCGUUUGUACUACUAAUUGUGUUAUUUAUUUACUAGAUAGCGUAAGAAAGAGAGAAGAAGAAACAAAAAAGGGCCUUCAUAUAGAGCAGGCCGCAUAUUAAUCUCUGUCUGUUUGUAUUCCCCGUAAAGUCUGUGUGUUAAUUCUGUUCGUUUACUGUAACUCAGUCUUUGAUCUUAUAUGAUACAAAAACAGUAAACAGUAAUCCAAAUCCCAGGAAAGAUAUUCCAACAAACAAAAAAAUAAGUCCUUAAGUUUUCCAAAUGUCCAACCACAGCUUAAUCGUUAUGGCAGCAAUGACACCCGGCAAUAAACAAAAAUAAAAAAAGUCACAUCUCACCCACGAUCCGUUUCCAGGUGGUAUUCCAAAGCGAUUUAGUCCAUUAGUCCGACCCGAAAAAACAAACAAAUAUCCACCGUCGAGCAAUUCUGAUCACCAUGGUGAAGCCAUUUAAUUCCUCCUUUGUCUCCCUCCGACACCAUGUUCCUAGUUUAAAUUUCUCUGCCCUAUGACGGAAUUCGGUCAGCUGAUUUACCUGUGCAAGCUGCGCUUCAGAGAGACAGACGUGCAGUCAGUAAGGAAAAAUGAGUGAAAAGUGAAUCUCUAUUUAAGUGAAAUUUCUUUCCUUACUCUCGUAUGCAUACAAAACAGAACAUAACCUGGCCAGGAAUAACUUAUAUUUUUUCUUUAUUUAGAUACAUGCAUUCAUUUACUAUUUAAUUAAUUUAUGAGCCCUUGUAUAUGUGGCAGUGGCUACAUACCACUUCAGAAAUAGCGACACUGCAACAAGAUUUCAGAAGCGUUGGGGGUGACUACUCCAAAGCUUCUAGCACCUAUCUCCACUGGUCUUGUGUGUGUUUGCCAGCCACGUUCCCUUACUUCUGCUAUUAGUUCUCCUCCAUUUCUUCAAAUGGAAUAGUUAGGUAAAUAGAGUAGACAAUGCACUCACAUUCCGAAUUCAAAACCAUGUCCUGUAUAAGAACAGAACAGUCUCAACAAUACACUCGCAGUUACCUUCUGACAUCCAUCAGGAGAGUUCAAUCCCAUACUUUGCCCCAUCUUAUUGUUUGCAUUCGUCUCCAGGGGUAGCGGCCCUGGUUCAGGCUAGUUUUGUAACUAGAUAGAAUAUGCAUUAAAGAGCCAUGACCCAUACAUAACUUUCAGUUUCCUUUUUCACCAACCCAUUGACUGAGGUUCGAGUAAGUCCAGUAAGAAGAACAUCAUAAGUGGCUCCUACAUGAAUUUAAUGCAAUGUGGUUAACAUCCAUAGCCCAUAGCUCUUUCCAGCUGAUCCUCCUCUUAACACCAUGCCAGUUCAUCCAUUAUUUAUCCUUGUUUCGCUUGAGACACAGCUGUUGAACGUCUAGUUUGCUCUUCUUGUUCGCAAUCAAAGCUGGUUACCAUCUGUCUCUUCUCCUGUGCUGUAGACUUACUCCAUGCUUUUGAACUGGUACGAAGACAAAAUCUUCUGCACCUGUCCAACAAUAUCCCUUCAGUCUUAACUGCUUCCUGUGGAUUCCACUUCCUCCCUGUUUUUUCUGUUGGGGCAGAGAUCUUGAUGACUGGAUCCUUGGAAUGUGACAUGUCCAGACUGGUCUUAGCAUCAGAGGAGAUCAUAGUGUAUACUUUCUGUGUACACAAGGGUCCACUAGGGUCUGUUUGAUAUAAAUGAGAAGCUCUAUGUUGGUGGGAAUGCUGCUCUUAUGGGACAGAAGUUUGCAUCUUACCCUCAGCUCAUGGUUCUGCUUUGUGGACCUGUUGGGCCUAAGCUGCAUCAGUUACUGGAUGAUCAGAUUGUAGUUCCUCCUCAGUCCCUUCAAGAGACUGAUGAGUUCCACCUUAUUCUGGAGUAUCAGGCCGGGGAACAGUGGGGCAUGACACAGGCACCUCAAGCUAACCGUUUCAUCUUUUCCCAUGAUGUGGCCAAUGGGAAGAUGAGUUCUAUGGAGAUUUUUGCUGCCAGCAUUGAAGAGUUCCAGCCAGAGUUGGUAGUUCUCUCUGGCCUGCACAUGAUGGAGGGAAUGGGAAAGAAUCUGUGGAGAGAACGGCUCAAAGAGGCUGUAGUGGCCAUCUCUGAUGUUCGCAAACAGAUUCCCAUUCAUCUGGAAUUGGCCAGCAUGACUGACAAGGAAUACAUGAGCAGCAUCAUGCAAGAGCAGGUCAUCCCCAUAGUGAACUCCAUCGGGCUGAAUGAACAGGAGUUGCUGUUCUUGUCCCAGGCGGGAAGAGGCCCACACUCUGAGCUGAAGACUUGGGAUGGCUUACCAGAUGUGGGUCGUGUCAGUGACAUACUUCUGUGGAUCCUCAAGCAGCAUGGUCGCAGUGAUCCAAGUUCAGAGGCUGACCUUACACGCAUCCAUUUCCACACAUUGUCUUAUCACAUUUUGGCUACAGUCGAUGGAUACUGGGGUAACCAGGUCGCAGCUGUGGCAGCUGGGGCACGUGUGGCUAGCUGUCAAGCUUGUGGCAUCCAGGCCAUUGAUGUCCAAAAAGUGAUCCUCAAAGCCCCACACACAUUUUACAGCUCUCAUAGUGAGCCCAGGGAGCAACUGAAUAUCAGUCCAAAUCAGCCUGUCACAAUAUGGCACCGUGAUAAUGUGACCUUCUACCUGACCCCUGUUCUGGUGUGUAAACAACCUCUGCGGACAGUGGGGUUAGGUGAUGCCAUCUCUGCUGAGGGACUCUUUUAUUCAGAAAUGCUGUCACAUGAGCUCUAAGGACCUGCUAUAAAGUUGAUCAUGGCUCUUCAUCUAUAGUUACUUGUACAUGGUACUGUUACAGAACAAUAUUCUGUCAAAAAAUGUCCACUGUUAGGUUUCUAGUGAUGUCCUGUUUUAUGCAGUGGAUCUCAGAAUCAUUUCUUCACACUCCAAAAUAUGUUGAUUUUUUUUAACAGUAAUAAGUCAAUACAUUUAUGUUCACUUUCCUUGUUAAUUGUCCUGUCAUACAUUUUGUUGUAUGUGUCAAGCAGGUCAGUACCCAGUACAUGUCCUUAUUGAUAAAUGCUGAACUUCAGCACAAGUUGUAGCUACUAAUAGGUAAGGACCAUAGGCAGAGACGGGAAGAAAUUUGAAUGUCCUCAUGUAAAGAAACUAGUCUUAAUCCCAUAGUGCAAUAUGUCCUUUUUACCAUAACGUUUCCAAAGUGUCAUUGAGUACAGGAUUUUAGUUGUCUUAAGGUUCAGGCGCCUUCUACCAGCAUUAUACUACACUUUGUGAAGUUUUUUUUUUUUUUUUAAUGGAUUUGUUCUGUGUUGAUGUCAGAGAAAAGAAAUGUAUAGAGGUAUAGUUGGAAUAACACCAUGGUCAGAAUAACACUUCAGGUAUUUAAACAUUUUUGUUAUUGGCUGUUCUUACUCAGCUCAUGAAACCUCUUUCAAUGUAUAGAUUCUCAUGUAAAAGUUUUCCCUUUCACAAUUUUCUUAAAAAAUCAGAAAUCUGCCAUUAUGUCGAUAUUCUCUCUUUAGUUAAAUUCUUUUAAUUUUUUUCUCACCAAGUUUUUAAGCAUAAGGUUUUUUUUACACAUUGUGAUUGAAAUAAUAAAUCACACAUGUGAAUCUUGGAGAAACUUUGACUUUUGUGGACCCCAGAUAGUUAAAAUGAUGAGCGGCUGUGGCAGUAAUAGAUUUUUAAAAAGCGUACUAAUAAAUACGAAAUACAAAGCAAAA